UGGGUGUAAUUGCCUCUCUUUCCUGCAGCGUGAGGACGCGUUGGGGCCACAUUACGCAUGCGCAGUCUUCGAACCUGAUCGGAAGGUUUCAUGGAGAGCGGUCGCCGGAGUCAGCGCGAACCGGCCCUCGGCGCAUGCGCCCUCGCGUGCUUCGCGGCCACAGGCGGCAGAGGGGAAGAUGGCGGCGGUGGUACAGAAUGUGGUGAAGCUCCUUGGUGAACAAUAUUACAAGGAUGCAAUGGAGCAAUGUCACAAUUAUAACGCCCGGCUGUGUGCCGAAAGGAGUGUCCGAUUACCUUUCCUGGAUUCGCAGACCGGGGUGGCGCAGAGUAACUGCUACAUUUGGAUGGAGAAGCGGCACAGGGGACCAGGUUUGGCAUCUGGCCAGCUCUAUUCUUACCCGGCUCGACGUUGGCGGAAAAAACGCCGUUCCCAUCCUCCAGAGGAUCCAAGACUUUCUUUCCCUACCAUUAAACCAGACACUGAGCAGGCCCUAAAGAAAGAAGGCUUAAUCUCUCAAGAUGGCAGCAGUUUGGAGGCCCUCUUAAGGACAGACCCCCUUGAGAAACGCAGCUUGCCUGACCCUCGUACCGAUGAAGACAGCCUCAGCGAGUUCCCUGUUGCCAAUAGCCGCACCCGGAAGCGAAUCCUGGAACCGGAUGACUUCCUGGAUGAUCUGGAUGAUGAAGAUUACGAGGAAGACACCCCGAAACGACGAGGCAAAGGAAAGGCCAAGGGUAAAGGAGUUGGGAGCGCUCGGAAAAAGCUGGACGCUGCCAUUUUGGAAGACAGAGACAAACCUUAUGCAUGUGACAAUAGUUACAAACAAAAGCAUACCUCGAAACCUCCUGACCGAGUCUGUGGGAAACGCUACAAGAAUCGUCCCGGCCUGAGCUACCACUACGCUCACUGUCACCUGGCAGAAGAAGAAGGGGAGGACAAGGAGGACUCUCAGCCCCCCACGCCCGUCUCACAGAGAUCAGAGGAGCAGAAAACCAAGAAGGGUCCCGAUGGUUUGGCCCUGCCCAAUAAUUACUGCGACUUUUGUCUGGGGGACUCGAAAAUCAAUAAGAAGACGGGGCAACCCGAAGAGCUGGUUUCGUGCUCGGACUGCGGGCGAUCAGGGCACCCAUCUUGCUUGCAGUUCACCCCAGUCAUGAUGGCUGCUGUGAAGACCUACCGCUGGCAGUGUAUUGAAUGCAAGUGCUGUAACAUCUGCGGCACCUCGGAAAACGAUGACCAGCUGCUGUUCUGUGACGAUUGUGACCGUGGUUAUCACAUGUACUGCCUCACCCCACCUAUGUCAGAACCACCAGAAGGGAGCUGGAGCUGUCACCUCUGCCUGGAUUUGCUGAAGGAGAAAGCCUCGAUCUUCCAAAACCAAAACGCCUCCUGAUUGCUUCCCGGUCUUCGAAGAGAACCUUCACUUGUCCAGUUUUUCUCUUGGGGGUUUUAAUCUUUCUCCUGCCGCCUCCUCCUCCCACUUUGGGUCAGUGUCUCCCUUAUUGGUUGGAUCACACAUCCGCACACAGACACACACACACACACACACACACACAUGCACACACCUCUGCCUCAUCGUCUCUCCUUCCGCCAUUCCCCGCCCUCCCGCCUCCUCUCUGGCAGUUGGGGCUUAAAAUCCCUUCCCUCCCCCUUAAACCUUCACCUGAGGAUUUUGAGACCCUUUCCUCAAAAAUAAUAAAACUCUCAGCAUCCAUGAUAGGUUGAGGAGCCCCACAGCUGGCCUGAGAGCAUGAAUGCUCCUCCUUUUCUCACGUAACACCCCAGCUUGAGGGCUCUUCCUGUACAAACAAGACCGGAAGCAAAAGAAAAACGAGAGGAAAAAAACCCAACAACCUAUUGAACGGUCUUAUACUGAUUUUUCCAUCCGCUUCCUCUGUUCAGCCCCAUCGCAGUGGUCUGGGCACCCCCAAAUCUUCUAAACUCCAUUUGUUCCUUCAUCCUUGUAAGAAACCUAUAUUUUACACCCCUUAAUGUGGUUCAAAGGUGGCACCACAGCAGCCUUUGAGAGGAUCGUGGGUGGCACGGGCGCCCAAAUCAAAGGCCAUCGUCCAGGCUUGGCACGACAGCAGAGUAACUCGGUUGGCCCCGUUCAAAACGAUCAUCUCGGACUUUGCCAAAUCAGCAUCGUGGAUGAGUUAGGCAAAUCCCGCUCGGUUUUAGAUCCAGGGGAAGAGAGCGUAUCCAUCACUUUCUUCUCCUCGUUUACCAAAUUCCUUAAGUAUGGGGCCUUUGGGUACCAAUCCCUCAGGCGUCGAUCCAUGUGACGGUGGAUUUCAAGAUGCUUUCUUCCUCGGGAGGUCCAUUUGCGCGUGUGUUGGUGUGUGUGAGGAUUUAAAGCUCCAUCAGGUGUUUUUUUUUUUUAACACUCCGGCGUUACUCCCUUUCUUCAUUCGGGGAGUCUGCUGGGAUGUGUAAAUUGUGCGGGAGACUUCGAGGGCGGCGGUUCGUUGGGCAUCUUUUGGGAGGAUGCUGACUCUUAAAGCAGGGGGGGUAUCCAACCUUGGCAAUUUUAAGAGCUGCGGACUUCAACUCCCAGAAUUCCUCAGCCAGCAAAACUGUUGGGAAUUCUGGGAAUUGAUGUCCACAAGUCUUAGCUGGCUGGGGAAUGCUGGGAAUUGAAGUUCUCCAGUCUUAGCUGGCUGGGGAAUUCUGCGAAUUGAAGUCCACAAGUCUUAAAAUUUGUCAAGGUUAGACGCCACUGCCCUAAAGCUUUGGGCUUAUUCAAAUAAGCUGCUUUAAGACCUAUUUUGAGUCUCCAUCUCACCAGAGGCAGGGCCUAGAGUGAGCCACGUCCCUUCUGCGUGCUUUUUCUUCCAACUCUGCUGCUUCCCGGUCCGAUGAGACUCAGGGUAUUGAACUUCUCUUGCAGGAACAAACCCACUUUUUUCUUUCAAUAUUUUCCCCCUCGGCCCCCAUUUGAGGAUUUGGUCUGGCUAACAAGUGAUGCUUUUUUAAAAGAAAACAAAAAACAAAAAUCUGGAUCCUCGCUCCCCUUUUCCUCCCUCCCCUCCAGUGGCAAGGUUUUCUGCAAGAUCCCGCCUGCAGAAGGAGAGGCCUUUUUUUCUGGAAUAGGGUUUUUGUGUAAUAUUAUACUUGUAAUGUGCCUGAUUUUUCUAAAGAUUGUCUUUAAAACCUACCUCCGACAUUCCCUUUCACACGCAUCCUUCCGCGUCUUCUCCAAAGGCUCCUUCUCUUCUUCCAUCUUUGCCGAAAGCAAGGGGAGACCCAGGACUGCCAAAGCAAAUGAGAUCUGUGCCCCCUCCCUCUCUCUUUCUCUCUCCCUCCCUCCCUCCCUCCCUCACUGUGUGUCUCUAUCUCCUCUCUUUCCCCUCCUCCCCCCCACCGUCUCUCUUCUCUCACUCUUUCCCUCUCUCUCUGUGUCUCUCUUUCCCUCCCUCACUCCUCUCUCUCUUUCUCACUGUGUCUCUUGUCUCUGUCUCUUCUCUCUCUCCUCCUCUCUCUCCCUCUCUCUCCCUCUCUCUCUCUCUCUCUCACUGAGUGUGUCUCUCUCUCUUCUCUCACUCUCUCCCUUCCUCUCCCUCCCUCUCUCUCUCUCUCACUCAGACACUCACUCCCUCUCUUUCUCACUUUGUCUCUUGUCUCUUCUCUCUCUUUCCCCUUCCUUCCUCCCUCCCUCUCUCUGUCUCUCUCUCUUUCUCUCUCUCUCUCUCUGGGGUCUAGUCCACACACAUGUGCUGAAGUUUGUUGAUGCGAGGUCGAACUUGGCGUCUUUCUCCCUCCCUCCCCUGCUUGGCAGGAGAGGUCAGCCUUCUUGACUCGGUGCCUCGCCCUUUUAUCGCUGUGCUUACCUAGGAUGAUGGGCAGUGGGGGCCCAGCAUGCUGGAGGAGACCCAGUAGUGGGAAAGGACAGAGAUAUGGGUCCUGGUGGGACAGAUUUGGCCCACAAGAGAGCCAGGAACAAAGCGACCGCCGGAAGCUUUGACCCACUCACCUUCACUGCCCCACUCAGUCCUUCAGGGGGACUUGAAACUUGAAGACUAAUAGGCGUUCCCUUACGGGGAACUCAGUAGGUCUCUUGAGUUACGUGUAGGGGAGAGAUAACUAUUAUUUGUGCACUUAACUUGGCUCUGGAUUCCCUUUUAGCUGUAGCCUUUUUUUAAAAAAAUUCAUUUUAAUUCUUUUCUUUCCCCAUACCCCAGGGACAUGCAAGCGGGGGCUGGCUGGCUGUCAGGCCCCUCCCCGUGCACCAAACAAAGAGAGAAAGUUGUAGAAACGUUUCCCCCGUGGGGUGGGGUGGGGGUUUACAUGUCUCAUCCCCAGCCCCCCUGGUUGUUAGGUCCUCAUUCGAAGCGUCACACCUGUGUCUUAAAAAAAAAAAAUAGCUACCCAAAUAAUAAAAAAAAAAGAAACCAAAACGGCUUCUUGGAACCAGUUUUAUGGUAGCCUGGCUCUUUGGCUUGGGGAGGGUUGGGGGGGGGGCUAGUGUGUGAAUCUGUUUAGUGCUGCGACAUUGUGGGGUUUUCAUGCUCAGGUUAGUUCUGUCGGUUUGCAGGGGGUGGGAGGUAGGGCGGGCUGUAAUACCUCAUUUUUCUCUCUCUCUCUCUCAUUGUGACGCCCACAAAUAGUUGUGCAGCUUCGCACCUCCUCUGCACCGUGUCCCGAUUUCCCCCACUCCCUCAUCCCCCUCCCUCUACGAGUACCCGUUCUCCGUUGAGUUGGUCGCUUGGUUUUUCUCCUUCCUUUCCGAGCAAUUGAUUUGUGCACUCUCUUGAUUGCAUCUAGGUUUGGAAUUUGGGUUUUCUUUUUUUCUUUUCUUUUUUUUUUUAAAGUAAAUCUUGAGGUUUUCCAUACCUUCCCCCACCCCAAUCUUUUAUUAUUGCAAGUAGAAGCUGAAAUAUAUUUUGGCUCCCUCUCCCCCCUCUCCUCCAAUUUUAUUUUAAGGCUGUAAUAAGCAUUAGCUAAUAAAUACUGCUUUUAUUUA